CUUGCUCUUGGCACCAUGUCCAGCCAAAGAUUCAGCCAAAGCUUCAGCACUCGCUCUGCCAUCCCACAACAGAGUAUUAACUCUGUCCGGAUCAGCAAGACCUUUUCUUCCAGCGGAAGUGGAGCUGGAUUUGGAAGGGCAGGGGGAUUCAGCAGUUCUAGUCUGUCAAACCUGGGUUCAGUGAGAAAGAGCACAAGUGUUGGGUUAUCUAGCAGCAGGUCAGGCUUUGGUGGUGGCAUUGGCUUUGGUGGUGGUGCAUACGGCUCUGGGUCUGGAUUCGGAGGUGGCAAUGUAUCUGGCCCUGGAAUUCAAGAGGUCACUGUCAACCAGAGCCUGUUGGCACCCCUUAAUCUGGAAUUUGACCACCAAAUCCAGGAGGUCAGGAAGGGGGAGAAAGAACAGAUCAAGACCCUGAACAACAAAUUUGCCUCAUUCAUUGACAAGGUCAGGUUCCUGGAACAGCAAAACAAGGUACUUGAGACCAAAUGGGAACUCCUGCAAAAUCAGAAAUCCGCCAAAAGCAGUAACAUUGGCCCUAUGUUCGAAGCUUAUAUCAACAACCUGAGGAGGCAGCUGGACAGCCUGGUCAACGAUAAAGGCAGACUGGAGGGAGAGCUGAGAAACAUGCAGGAUCUGGUUGAGGACUUCAAGAAUAAGUAUGAGGAUGAAAUUAACAGACGCACUUCCGCUGAGAAUGAAUUUGUUGUUCUGAAGAAGGAUGUUGAUUCUGCCUACAUGAACAAGGUAGAGCUGGAGGCUAAAGUUGAUGCUCUAACAGAUGAAAUCAACUUCCUGAGAGCUCUCUAUGAAGAAGAGCUGCGUAACAUGCAGGCACAGAUCCAAGACACUUCUGUGGUCCUCUCCAUGGAUAACAACCGUGCUUUGGACUUGGACAGCAUCAUUGCUGAAGUCAAGGCCCAGUAUGAAGAAAUUGCUGCCAAGAGCCGUGCUGAGGCUGAAGCAGCGUACCAAAAUAAGUUCCAGGAAUUGAAGGCCACAGCUGGACAACAUGGUGAUGAUCUGCGUAACACCAAGGCUGAGAUUUCCGAGCUGAACCGCGCUAUUCAGAGACUGCAGGCUGAAAUUGAGAACUGUAAAGCCCAGCGUGCCAAACUGGAGGCACAGAUUGCCGAGGCAGAGGAGCGCGGUGAAUUGGCACUUAAGGAUGCUCGGGAAAAACUGGCUGAACUCGAAGCUGCCCUACAGAAGGCCAAGCAGGACAUGGCUCGCCAACUGAGAGAAUACCAGGAACUGAUGAAUGUGAAACUGGCUCUUGAUAUUGAGAUCGCCACCUACAGGAAACUGCUGGAAGGAGAGGAGAGCAGGCUGUCUGGUGAAGGUGUUGGGGCCGUCACUGUAUCUAUGGUGAAUACUAGCUCCGCAGUUAGUGGAGGUGGAUAUGGUGGAUACGGCAAUGUAUCCAGUGGUUAUGGAGGUGGAAGCUCUCUGAGCUUUGGCAGUGGAUCUGGGUUCGGAAACAGCUCUGCCAAAUUCGGCAGUGGUGGCUCAUCUUCUGUGAAGGCCUACUCCGUGUCAACCACAUCAUCCAGCAGGAGCAGUCUGAGACACUAAGGAAUAAUUAUAUCACAUGUUUAAUGACAGCAUCAGUGUCUAACCAUACCUCACAGCAAAGAAAACAUUGAUUCAACUUUAAAGAUUCUACAGGGUGCAGAUUCUCCACUGAGAUCAUAGGUUCAUUAAAAUGAUCCUUCUUAUUCCACAAUAGUGGAAGAACAGUUCAUGAAAUCCUCCUCUGUUGGGGAAUCUAAUGCAUUUCCAUUAUGGUUGUGAGGUUUUGGUAGUUGCUGAGGUUGUCUGAAAGCAGUGUCUUUCUUUUCUUUUAUUGUCUGUCUUUACAGUUUUUCUCCUCCCCACUGCCCUAUAAGUACACCUUUUCCUUCGGCUUGUUGCCAAUGGUCUUGGAACUAAUUGGUCAUUUUACCAUGAAGCUUGGUGCCCAUUUUCACACAUUAGCCUGAGAAACAUUUAAAACAAAUAAAAAAUAAAAAAAAAUAAAAAAAACUUUAAUUUUGGUUACAAAAAUCGAACAGACAUUCUGUUCAGAUUUUAAAAUGAGAAGUAAAGUUUAGCAGUAUUUGUGACCAGAUUAUUUUUUAAUUUUUGCAGAGUGACUUUUAAAAUGUGUAUAUUUCGACAUAGAGAUAUAUGGUGCUAAUGUUACUCACCACAAAAGAUCUCAAAGUCUCUGUUACUGAAGAUUCUGCCAGGCAGCGGAAUAUUGUGUGAAAAUGUUACUGAUGCUUUUUUAACUAAAGUUUGAACUCAAAUCUAGAAUGGACCCACUAUAGGAAAGCUAUCUCUUUAUAGUAGUUUCCACUCUGUAAUAUCUCAUCUGUAUUAACUGGUGGAAGUGUUCUGACUUUGUGAGAAGGGAUUUAUUGUGCGUUGUGAAAGCAUGAAUCAUCUUCAAUAAAGUUCCUUUAACCAA